CAGACGUCAAAGAUCUUGAAAUAUUUUUAUCAACUUAUUAAGAUGGAGAAGGUUCUUAAGAGCUUUUGUAGAGAUGAAAUAGAGACAUAUGAGGGUAAUAACUCUCUAUAUAAGGAGAGAAUUCCAUAUAAUAUAUUAAAAGAGAAAUAUUUAAGUGUUUCGGAUGUUACAUCAAAGAUUAUACAUGGUACAACGACAUUAUCAUUUCGUUUUUCAGAGGGAAUUAUAGUUGCAGUUGAUUCUAGAGCUACAGCAGGAAGCUGGAUUGCCAGUCAAACGGUUCAUAAAGUGAUUAAAAUUAAUGAUUAUCUUUUAGGAACAAUGGCAGGUGGAGCAGCAGAUUGCCAGUUUUGGGAGACCCAUUUAUCUAUAGAAUGUCGUUUGUAUGAGCUUCGAAAUAGAACAAGAAUUUCAGUUGAAGCAGCAUCUAAAAUCUUAGCUAAUAUUCUUUAUUCAUAUAAGGAUAUGGGAUUGUCAAUGGGGACUAUGAUUUGUGGAACAGAUUCUCAGAGGGGAACUAGUAUAUUUUAUGUUGACAAUGAAGGUACACGACUUAAAGGAGAUCUUUUUUGUGUUGGAUCAGGUCAAACAUUUGCUUAUAGUAUUCUCGAUGCAGAAUAUCAUUGGAAUUUAGAGAGAAAUCAAGCAAUUGACCUAGCAAAACGUGCUAUUCUUGCUUCAACGCACAGAGAUUCUUAUUCCGGAGGAUCUGUUAAUAUUUAUCAUAUUAAACCAUGUGGCAUUGAAUUUUGCGGUGAAUUUGAUGUUGGAAAAUUAUUUUAUGAUAUUUCUAAAGCAGAUAAUUCCUUUCAACAUGUAAUUCAAGCUUCUGCAUCCUAAAUAAUCUCUUUGGAAUACCUUUAUUUUUUAAAUUUUAUAUUAAAAU